CCUUCCGCAUUUCCGGAACACCAACAUGCCGAGGAAGAACGUCUGAGAUACACUAUUUUCGUCUCCUCGACUCGUUCUUGACUCGCUUUAGACUCACUUGACUCGUUUCCGUAGUUACAGCGUUUUUGAGGAGGAGAGCAACGCCGGACGCCGGACGACUGUUCUGGUUGAGGUUUGUAAGCGGUUGAGUCCGAUGAUGGGAUCCUCGGAGGGGAAGCGAAUCGAGGAGGUGUUGUCUUAUCCGAUUCUGUUGGCGGAGCGGAUUCGUGCGGCGGUGGAUGAGGCGGAGUCGUUUAAGUUGGAGUGCGGUGAGGUUGGGAAGCAGGUGGAUCGGCUUUUGCAAAUGCUUCGAAUCCUUGUUCGCUUCACCACCGCGGCUCAGUUUCUUUACGAACGCCCGAUUCGGCGCGUGGUUGCUGAGGUAUCCAGGAACCUCGAGCGCGGCUUGGCUCUUGUCCGCAAGUGCAAGCACCACAACAUCUUUAGCCGGGUGGUUGCGAUCACCAGCGUCCCCGAUUUUAAAAAGCUCUUAAACCUUCUGGAAGCUUCCGUCGGGGACAUGAGGUGGCUACUCAGCGUGUUUGACUCUGAAAACGGCGGUGCCACCGGCGGAAUCGUUCUCUCCCUUCCUCCAAUUGCCAGCAACGACCCGAUUAUCUCUUGGGUCUGGUCGUACAUCGCCGCCGUCCAGAUGGGUCAAUUGGCUGAUCGAAUUGAGGCGGCUAACAAUCUCGCUUCGCAUGCUCAAGAUAAUGACCGGAACAAGAAAAUCAUUGUGGAAGAAGGCGGAGUGCCUCCUUUGCUAAAGCUUUUUAAAGAGAGCUCCUCCGCAGACGCCCAAAUUGCCGCAGCUUAUGCACUUCGUAUUUUAGCAAAUGAGCGAGAGAGAGUGAGGAAUAUUGUGAGUGAAAUGGGAAUUCCAAUUGUGGUUCUUGUAUUGGGGGAUUCGCCGACGACGGUUCAGAUUCAGGCAGCAAAAUUGGUGGCUAGAAUGGCAGAGCAUGAUCCGGUGGCACAGGAUGAUUUUGCCCGAGAGAAUGUGAUUAGGCCUCUGGUAACAUUGCUGUCCUUCGAGACAUUUGUGGAUGAUCCAAAAGCACAAUUGGGUAAGCAAAGCAUUCAUUCCAUAGUUCAGAUUAAUAAAGAAAUGGAGAAGUAUUCAUCUUCAAAUUCGUGGAAUUACCGGCCUCAUAUGAAUUCAUACUCGAGUUCCUCUAUGGAAGGUAGUAGUAGUAGUAGAGGGGGGAAUCAUAGAAAGGAGAGGGAGAAUGAGAAGCCUGAAGUGAAGCUUCAGUUGAAAAUUAGUUGUGCAGAGGCAUUGUGGAUGCUGGCUCGGGGGAGUGUUUUGAAUAGUAAGAGGAUAACCGAGACAAAAGGAUUGCUUUGCUUGGCUAAGUUGGUGGAGAAGGAACAUGGUGAGUUACAGUACAAUUGCCUGAUGACUGUAAUGGAGAUUACAGCUGCUGCUGAGUCCAGUGCUGAUCUUAGGCGUUCUGCAUUCAGGACUAAUUCUCCUGCUGCAAAGGCUGUUGUUGAUCAGUUGCUGAAGGUGAUUAAAGAGUCGGACAGCUCCACACUGCAAACUCCUGCAAUCAAGUCAAUUGGAUCAUUGGCAAAGACAUUUCCAGCGAGAGAGACUAGAGUGAUUGAGCCUUUGGUGGCGCAGCUGAGCAGUAGGGACCAAGAAGUGGCAGCAGAAGCUGCCAUUGCAUUGCAAAAGUUUGCUUUUCCUGAGAACUUCCUCUGUAUGGAGCACUCAAAGACCAUAAUAAAGUUUGAUGGUGUACCAUAUUUGAUGAAAAUGCUUAGAGGCAGCGAAAGGACUCAGCUCCAUGGAUUGAUUCUGCUCUGCUACCUUGCAAUGCAUGCAGGUGAUAGUGAUGCUUUGGAACAAGCUAGGGUGUUGACUGCCCUUGAGGGGGCAGAUCGGACAGUUCUUGCACAACACCCUCAGCUGAAGGAACUGGUAUCCAAGGCAAUAUACCAACUCAGCCUUUAUCACACAGGAGUUCAUCCUCAGAGGCAAUCAUAUGCACCUUGAACAUGAACAACCCUUUUGUUUUUGGAAUAGUUUCUGCUUUUCAGGUCAAUAGAUUCUCAUUGGAAGCAAAUAUCAAGUACAGAAAUACUCAGGUUUGAAUCAGUUAGAGAAUUGAAUAGUUCAUCAAAGUACAAAGGUUUUUUGGCCAGAGUAAAUAAUACAUCAUGCUUAUGGUAGAUAGUUGAUUUCACACUCACUUAGACAUUGAUGUGAAUUUUUAUGUUCUUCUAUAUCAUUUUAUGAACAUACUCCUCACCCCUUAAAGGGUGUUUUAAAUAAUUAAAAACUUGAGAUUCUAAGUUAGAAAUGUCAAGUUCAGCGAUAAGAGAAGGGAAAGGUUAUGCCUAUCAUAUAGCACAUUAUCUAAUGUACCAAAGAAAUAAAUGAACAUAUUCCUC